CCCACUACUACGUCGAUUGCCCGGGGUCGCGUCUAAUCAUUUAUCUGUCUUUUCUCUCAUUUUUUUCCCCAUUCUUUUAAUCUGUCCUUUUUUCCAUUUUCAAAAAUGGGUAUUCCGAUGUGGCGCGAGCCUUCCGAGGCCGAUACUCUCAAGUCUGCGCUGGAAAAAGACCACACAGCCGCAGCGAGAUCCUCCAUUCGCCGUACAAACGCGACCCGUCGCCCGUCGUCGCACACUACCUCCCGCGCGCGCCGGUUGAUGUCCGCAUUCCAUUCCCAAGUUCUCGACGAGAUUCAACGCGGUGUGGGUGAGCCUCAACUCGGUCUUCGCUCACCUGUGCUGAAUCUGGGUGUCAGUGAGGACGGGUUAGAUUUGGAUACCAGUCGGCGCGAAGCGUUGAGUCGUGGUGCCACGCGUUCAGAAUCGCAACGCAUCAUCGACCUCGUGGACGAACGCCACCGUCAACGCAUGGGCGAGCACCUGGGCGAACGCUCCCGUCGCGAAUUGUCGGAGUACCUGGCUGCUCGCGCUGGCGCUUCAUCGCGCGAUACCGUCCGUCCUCAUUUGACACCAGGCUUUGCUCCGGCAGUGGCCUACCGCACUUCUACUUCUCCCCGUCCACCGACGGAGAGCGUGCAACUGCCUCCUUUUCCCCUUCCUUCCAUGCGCCUUUCUGAGUCCCGCCCUCACAGCAUUCCUCCCCGUACACUACAAGACUAUCGUGCCGGCAACGUGCCAAGCCGGCCAUCCCGUGAUUUCACCAUCGAUGGUCUCGGAGAUCGCCAGCGGAGUCCGAGUCCUGAUGUGGAGCGCGAAAAUGAUGCAUGGGAAACUUUGCUGUCUACUAUCACUCCGGAUGCGAACACACCUUCCAACGACACAACUUGGGCGUCAAUGGUAGCGGCUCAGACUAGACGCUUUAAUGAGUCCAGACGCGACUUAGCUUCGGCGAUGCUUCCACCAGAUAAUUCGCGCGUCAUGCAUCUGAUGCUUGAUCCGUACCCGAGUACCCUUCAUCCCUGUGACUUGUCUUCUUCCGAUGAGGAUGACGAUGAUACCCCUGUUAACUAUCAUCGCUACGUUGUCCCGCCCUCGGUGCGCCCCUCCCCGGGCGUGAAUUCCACCAUGAGCAGCCACCCUCCUAUUCCUACAAUCUCUUUCUCCUUCCCCGAACCGGGCGACCCAGAUCUCCAACAGAUGCAGGCCAUUCUGGACCGACUGGCUCGUCGAGAGGAUAUUCCUGAUGACUGGUGGGCCGGGGCUGGUCUCUCGCGCACCAUUGGCCGUGGGCUGAAUGCCAGUGCCGAGCGCAAUGAAAAUGAAGGCACCGAGUAAAAUCGUCGGUGCUUUUCGAAACAACAUACACUUUUAAUGACGGCGUGUUUAGUUUUUUUUUUCAAAUCUUUCGGCAAUCGGGGCCAUCUAUGGGGCGUUUUCUUCAAUGGGCUAUUUCUGAUCAUCGGCGUUGAGAGGAUAGUGGGAUGUAUGUUCCAGGUCAUCUUGGCUUCAUCUGAACACAUUUAUCCGAGGGUGUCCUUUUCUCUUUACAUGACUCGUGGGGAUGAUUGUUCCAUCAAGGCUGCACUGGUUUGCAGUCUGAACUUUGAUUGUUUGACUGGGCAGGUCACUUAACUCGGACAUGUUCAUCUUUAUGUAUUCAUAUCUGAUCAGAGCUUGAUUUAUCUCAAGUUAUCUCAUCUUUAAUAAAAGUACAUGCUUGCAAUCGGAAC